GACAAGACUGUAAACACCGCUGAUUUUUUUUAUUAUAUAUUUAUACAUAUGUCUAUGAUGGAGUAAGUGCUCCUUUGUUGACAUAUAUUUUUAAAAAGUAACCAUUAGCCAAAGUUAUGAUCAUACAUCGUGUGGCUCUUGUCACGGCUCGGAGAGAAUGCGGAAAUUAGGUAACAUUAGCAAAGCUUAAAUAAGUAAAGCGUCCUUUCGCCUUCUCUGCCUAAUUACCCUGUUUGAUAAAUGCUUAGCUCAUUAAGGGUUAAAGUCGGAAGUGUGUGUACGGUAUUAUGUGGUGUAGUGAAAUUCGAUACAGUUCCUGUUGAGAGCGACUGGUGCUAGCUGGGAGCUUUGUUACCUGUUGGUUCAAACGUUAGUUUCCACGCUCAGGUGCGUCCUGGUCGCCAUUAGCCUCCGCUCAGUGUCAUACGAGGAACGCGAGGACGUCAUGGAGGCGGCGGCGGCGGAGCAGAAGGACUCUUCCAUGUAGUCGGAGUUUGUGUGGCAGCCUGUAGUCGACCGUUAUGGUGGAUUAGGUGUUUGAGGAGCUCCAGUCCCUAACACAGUAAAAAUGGAGGACCUCUCCCUAACGGCCCUGCUGGAAUGCCCCCUGUGUUUGGAGCAGCUGGAUGUGACAGCCAAGGUGCUUCCCUGCCAGCACACUUUCUGUAAGGCCUGUUUGCAGAGGCAGGAGGCGGCACACUCGCACCUUCUCUGCCCAGAGUGCAGAGCCCCUGUCAGGGCGAGGACGGUGGAGGAGCUCCCUGAGAACAUCCUGCUGGUGCGACUCCUGGAGGAACUACAGGGGUCAGUGGGGCAAGGCCGGAACACGCACUAUGCUGUGCCCUUUGCCAGGAGCAGCGGGACUGUCAGGGAGGGUCAUUACAGAGAACAUCAAGGCCACAAAGAGGUUUCUGUGAGAGCUUCAAUGCACAGCCAACAGGGAGAUUCACCAGGAGAGCUGGUCCUCACACCCGCUAAUGACGUCACGCUGAAACACAGAGCCAAUGGGGACUGGCACUAUAGGCACAUCAGCGACAGUGGAAGCACAUCCGUCAGCCAGAUGCCUCAAGCUCUGGCCCUCCAGCAGUCGCUGGCUCUAUGCCGAGCACUGUGUGACUUUAGUCCCAGCGAGAUGAACGUGGAGAACAGCGAUUACUGUCUCAGCUUCCGGAAGGGAGACAUUCUCACUGUCAUUAGACGUGUGGAUGAUCACUGGAUUGAAGCCAAACUGGGCGACAAAAGUGGAAUUUGUCCUCUGCAGUUUACUGAGCUUCCCGACUCCAGGAACAAAGUUGCUCCACGCUGGGACACAUUGCUGCUUCAUGUGCUAAACUCCGUAGCGGCCAAACUGCUGGAGGGAAAGAGUCCAAGGGGGAGUGAUUCGGCAGAAUAUCAGCAUCGGACCGGAAGCAGGGGCAAAGACAAGGCCCCGGAGGCAUCCAGCAGGACCGCCAACCAGCGGACCGCGCAAGUUCCUGCAAAGACAUCACUUAUCCACACUCGGGCCACCUUGAACUCGCGCAAACAACAGAGACCCAGCAGCGGCAACUUUUCCCACUCGGUCUCAGGAGAGACAAACAACACCAGCGGCUUUAACCUCCAGCGACAGUCUCACCGCUCCUCCGUGCGGCCCCCUGCCCACGGACACACUCAUCCCUCAAGAGUUAAUUCUCAGCGAGUUCGACGCCACUCUGACGGCCCGCACAGGCACCUGUUACUGAAUGAGAAGAUGGCCAACGGGGCUCCGCCCAACAUUUCGAUGGCUCUGUUGAACCCACAAGUGUCUUCUUCCUCUGCAGACAGCAAAAACUCCACCACGCAGCAGCUCUCCAUCAGUGUGUGUGCUGUGCUCUACUCCUAUAAGCCGCAACGCCCAGAGGAGCUGGAGCUGAGGAAAGGCGAAAUGGUGGGAGUGUACGGGAAGUUCAAAGAAGGCUGGCUGCGUGGGUUGUCUCUCAGAACGGGCAAAGUAGGCAUCCUGCCCAGCAACUACAUCACUCCUGUGCUCAGAACUUCAGCCAGACUCCUGGAGACCAAAGCGGCAAGCUCGUCCUCGCAGCACAGCACAGCCGCGGGAAAGAAGACCACAUCUGCCAGGAAUCCUGCUGUGGUCCUUGCUCUUGAUAGGGUAAACAGUGAUGGAUCGCAACAUUCAGCCGGACAGGUCCCACCUGUACCAAACGGAGCACAGCACGCAAUGUCAUCCCCAGGCACUGGAAAGUCAUCCUUUUAUGGGAGCUCACAAGGUUGGGAGACAGUGAGGCGGUUCUUUAACCCACACAGAGUAUCUAACCCUUUCAACCAUCCGUCCAGUUUGAAUGUACCCUCCAACUCUGAGCACUUUGCUCAAGUGCAAGCAUCAGGCUACUCGCCUGCCAUGCAGAGGAAGAAAAACGGCGGAAUUCUGUCCAGCUCUGGAAGAACAGCGGGUUGGAUGAGUGAGCCAACAGCGCUCUCUGCUGCCCCCCAUCUGAAAGACAGGGACUUCACCUACUCACAUGAGGUGGGAGGACAUCAUCAUCAUCAUUAUCAACAUGAGCGACAGCCGUCCAAUGGCCCUCAGUCCAUUCUUAUCAGACCGGAUUCACACAAGAGCACUUCAGACAAGCCUGCCAAGUCGGUGCGCUUCCUCACAGAUGAAGAUCCCCCGCUUCCACGGCUUCGGACCUCCUCGUGGUCUUCCGGAAGCCAGGUUCCCUCCAAUUUCGCACCAGCGCCACCUCCACUUGAAGUAUGGGCCCCAUCCCUGACCUUGGGAAGAGACGGACCCGGCAUCAUUCUCAAAGAUGGAAAAGCUCCAGCUCUCAGGAAAGGCAUGGAAACGGUACUCUCAGAUCUCAACUCUAACCCGCAAAAGACAAUGUCACCCCAGUCAUCGCUGUCAGCCGUGUCAGCUCAGUUCAGCCCCACCAGACACAGAGUGACCACGACACAUCUGGCCCAGAUGGACGCUGAGCUCAGUCUGCUUCAAGGAGAGCUGGUCCUGGUCCACAGACCACGACCUGAUGGCCGGGUUCUGGUUACUCAGGAGAGCAGCGGACAGACAGGCCUUUUUCACAGUAGUAUUCUUCAUGGUCUGGAGAAACUCAGUUGACUCUUAAUGGAAAUAAUAUAGUUUAUAUUUUCUGUCAGUUGAAACUACCAAAUGAGAUUUCCAUGAAGGAUUUAGUUUUUGCCCUGUGUUCAUAUUAAAAGGAUAGCGAUAUAUUUUGUGUUUUUCAGUGUAUGAGCAUGUGCUGUAUGUCUCACGUGUACUGAGAAUUUGCACAAAAACCCACCAAAUGGCUGUUCCCCUGUUAUUACCCACGUUACAUGCAGUACAUUGGUGAGUGCCUUUUGUCAAAACUCACACAGAGAAUAUAUUAUAUAAAGUGAAAUCUCUAUACUUCUUCUGUGACAAUAAACGGUAUCUAAGACAACAAUUGCAUGUAUUGCUUGCUUAAUGGUCCUGUAUUAUGCAAAACUAAGUAAUUACUGUGUGUAAUAACAGUAAUGUAUGUCGCUAGAACCUGUUAAUGAUCACCAAACGUGAGGAAAAUCCAUCAUUUGUGAUUGUAAUGUUAAAUUUACGCCAAUUUUGCCUCAGUUUGGGUGCAUUCUCCGGUUAGUGUACUAUAUGGUGCGCGUGUUCUUGUUAGUACACUGCGUGAAUCCAUCUGCAUUCUUAAUGUAUUUUUUUAAUUAGGAAACGUCCUUCCUUGUUGGCAUCCUAUUAGCUAGUGAACAAAAUGGCAACCGGAAGUUAGGUCGCUCGUCUAUGAUGUCAUCCGCGGUUGGCUCUCAAAAAUGUUGACACAAAACACGUUUUUGUAGUUUUUUAAUUACGGUAUAGUUUUACAUGCACAAAAGAAUUUUAAAUACAUAUAAAUGACAAACGAAAUGCAUGAGUGAACAUUCAAGGUUACUUUUACUUUCAUUGAAGACGUGACUGUUCGCAAAGACACCGUGUGGCAGCGAGACUCCACAUGGACACCAUCUACCUGUUUUGUCAUGAGUUAUUUCUUGACUUCAAUAGUGUUUCUCACCUUCUUUAUCUUCUAAAUGCUAGCAUUUGCAACUUUCUUUGGCUCCAUUUUGGGUUACAGUAUCAUGUCAAAACAGGAGUGUGGUGGUGGUUCAUCUCGCUGCCAGAUCGUCUCUUUGGGGACAGCACGUCAAGAAUGACAUUGUCGAUGAAGGAAAAAGUAACCUGAAAUGUUCAUGUACCCCUUUCAUUCACCAUUCAUAUGUUUUUUUUAUAUGCAUUUUGAAUUGUAUUCUGCAUGUCAAACUAUAAUUGUAAACCUACAAAAACAUGUAUUUGUGUUAAUGUUUGUUUGGUUUUUUUGAACGGAUGAAUUGGUCAUGGUCUAAUUUGAUUUGAACAUGUAUACAAGUUACACUUGAGUACAUCACACAAUACAGUUCAAAGCUCCACAUGUCCAAGGAGUAGGAAGAAACAAAGCGUAUGUAAUCCUACCCCUCAUCCGUAUCCCAUCAGUUGCAGUUCAUUUGUUCACCUCCUGUUUUCCACAUGUAGACUUUGCUAAUUGUGAAUACAUAGGAAAGUAAUAAGGCAUAUAACAAUGUAGUGCAAUGACAGUCGCAGUCUCUACUUACUGCAAAUAAAUUACAUAGCAGACUUGAUGAUAAAGAGAUAGUAACUGAAUAAAGGGUUAAUAGUGGACAGAAACAGUAUGAGUGAGUG